CUUUAAAAGAAAGCCACCACCGCGUGGACGCGUGUUAGUCCUUAACGAUCGGUGAAACUGGUUAGUAGUGAGUGUUGAAUUCGCGAUCGCGCGCGCAAAACGUUCAUUACCACGCUGUCGUCGAACUCGAACACGUGUAUCCAAGGGGACAAUGUUACGGUUAAUUGCGGCUAUUGCAUCACUGCUGGCGGUGCUGUUGAUACAGAUUCGCGGAUCGGAGAUACUGAACGAUGCCCACAUCUACCGAUCUUUCGCGUCGAAUGAGAUCGUUCCGGACGUGGUAGACGAAGCGCCGGACUGUUGGCUUCGAGUCGCGUACAAAAGUGGUCGCGAAGCCGAGGGAGGCAAUCGGUUGACUCCGACGCAAACCCGAACCGUUCCGUCGCUCAGUUUCAACACGAACGAGCGAUCAUUCUACACGUUGCUCAUGAUAGAUCCGGACACACCAAGCCGAGAUGAUCCGAGGGAUCGGGAGUUCGUGCACUGGGUCGUUGGUAACAUCCAAGGUAACGAUCUGGAUCGCGCGGAGACCCUGGUCGAGUACGUUGGGGCUGUUCCGCCCAAGGGAAGCGGCAUGCAUAGAUUCGUGUUUCUCCUCUACGAACACGAGAACCGUCUGAACUUCACAACGGAAGUGCGCCUGUCGAAUCGCUGUCGGAAUCCGAGGCGGUACUUCUCCACCCGAAACUUUGCCCAAAAGUAUGGCCUGACGAAUCUGUGGGCGGGAAACUUCUUCCAAGCCCAGUACGAUGACUACGUGGCGCAGCUGCAGGGACAACUGUCCGAAUGUACUGAGUACAUCAGCCGAUCUGAAUGGCCCGAGGAAUGGAACCGUGUUCGGCGGUUGAGUGCUCCGUGAUUGAAUUAGUUUUAUUAAGGACAAAAUAGUGUAAUGAAACUGUUAAAUACAUAAAUUACAAAUGGAAUAAAUGUACCUUUCCUGCCAAAUGGCAUCCUACAUACAA